AUGGGUGAUGGUGUGGCUAAGACAGGUGCAUACAAAUAUGAUGAUGGAACAAAAUAUAUUGGAGAUUGGAAUAAUAGAGGAUUGAAACAUGGUGCUGGUUCUUUACUUCUUCCUGAUGGUACACGAUACGACGGUGCCUUCCAAAAUGGCCUUUGUUCUGGUUUAGGCAUCAUUAUAUUUCCCGAUGGAGCAAAAUACGAAGGUGAAUUUAUGCAGGGUUGGUUUCACGGGCAUGGAGUAUUUUGGAGAGCUGAUGGAAUGAAGUUUGAAGGAGAAUUUCGCGGUGGAAGAGUAUGGGGCUUAGGUUUGGUGACUUAUUCUGAUGGUUCACAUGGUUUUCCAAGAAACGAAGGCUUUUUCCAGGAUUGUAGACUUGUACGUCGCCGUCGUUGUCCAGACAUAGUACAAAAAGCACAGAAAAUUUCUAUGAUGGCUCGCGUACAAUGCUCUUAA